AUGCGAAAUGCGUUGCGAUGCGUGGGCGAGAAUCGCGAAAGUUUAAACAAAGGAGACGCCGAUCGCGAGACGGCUCGAAAAUUUGUUACUUUCUUCGUUCUCCGGUCCAAGCGCUUUUUUGCCACCCUCAGAGUCCCUGCGCUCUUCUACGUCUUCGCCAAGCCCGUCGCCCUUUCCCUCCGUUCACCUACGUCACUUCCCGGCGCCCUGCCCUCCCCGAAUCCGGUAAGCAGCCGCACUACACCAUGAGAGGGCUGGGUGCAGAUGUCUGUGUGUGUGCACAAGAUGGCAGUCCGACCUGCGGAGCUUGCUGGAUCAAGAACGCCACUGCGCCGACCGCCACACAUGGACACCACACACAGACCGAUGCAGGAUGGAUGUGUAUGUCGUCAUGUGUGUGUGUGAUGUGUGUGUUUCCAAAGCUGUCCCAGCAGCUCGAGAUGCGACGGUCCUACUACCAAAAGGCGGGAGCGACUUUGCGGUAUUCCAAGAAUCAGGCAAGUAUGAUACCCUACAUGGCAAUGUCCGGUGUAGCGGAUGGAUAUCUGACCGACGGCUUUUUUUGGAGAAAGUACAAGCUGAACAUUGUCGAUACGACAGGUGGGUAUGAAGGGGCUUGCAAGGCAGGUCUUGCCCUGAUUCAGUGUUGCAUCAGGUGGAGCGUGAGCGGCAGGCCUUCCGUGAGCGCGAGGAGGGGCUUCUCGAGGACCUGCAGCAGGUAAGGCGACUUCAUGCACCCCUUUGGGCUGUCUGUGUGCACUCGUCCGCCAGCUCCGCGGGGUGCCGGUGUGAGCAGACCCAACAGCUCAGGUAUGACCGAACUAACCUUGUAAUCUGUUUCUUUGCUUUUGCUAUGCAGGUAGUCGCUCAAGAACACACGGAUCGAUGGGGGAGGCAUCUCCUGUCAUGCCAGAGGUAUGUGUGUGUAUAUAUGGGUUAUGAGCAUUGGUGUAGUUGUGUUCGGUGUCAGGAGCAGCAAGGAACUCGACAUCAGGCUCGAGCUGGCCGGAGAAAUGGCUCACCAGCCAAGACCCUCGACGACUACUUACUGCACUGCGUCCUUCCCGGUGACCGGAAUUCCGCGCGCUGUGUGUGUAUGUGUGACCAUCUUCAUGUCAAUGGUGUGUGUGUGUGUGUGUGUGUGUGUGUAUUCUAGAUCAUCUGGCCGGAGAAGUGGCCGAGCUCCGUGGUGAGGUGCAGUGCAUCGCGGCCCUGGAGCAGCAGAUAAUGGCAAUGUAGCCAGCAACGCAGGUACGCCUCCAAAUACACACGUGGACAACCACAUUCGCAGCACCCUCUUCGUCUGUGAGCGUGCGUGUUGUGCGUGUGUGCGUUGGGUGCAGUACUGGGCUCAACUUCAGACGGCACAGCAGAUGUGGCUGACACAGCAGCAACAACUGGUGAGUGAGUGAGGCACCCAUAUCACUGAAUGACUCACAGGCAGCAGGGCAGAAACGGAUGGCCCCACACACGCACCCGACGCCAGCGGGCCGAACGACACUGAGUCAUCGCCACCUUUUGCGAUUGCAGAUUGCUGCUGUGUCUUUUCUUGACUGAAGUCUGCUUUGCUGCUUGCGCUUGGUGUGUUGUGCUGACGAAGCGGCACAAGGCGGGCAGCAGCCGUGGCAAGAAGUGCAAGGACACCGACGACGCCUCCUUGUCGUCGGAGAAGCCGCCCCCGAGGGCCCGCAAGGCCCCCACCACCCGCAAGGCUCCCACCAAGGCAACCAAGUCGAGGCCUAAGGCGAAGGCUAAGCCCAAGGGAAAGGCCAAGGGAAAGGCCAAGGGGAAGGCACGUGCUCCCCGAGCUGCUCCUGCUGCUGCUGCCGCCGCUGCUGCUGCUGCCCCGCCACCACCGGCUGCCGCCAUCGGUAAGUAAAAUGUUCAGAAAGAAGAGAGUGAGUUGGGUCAUGGUAAAUGGAUGGAUGCUUUUGUGUCUGCCACUGGUGUCAUUCCCUCGGUCCAGACCUGGAAGCCAUGACGAUGGAGCAGCUGCGGGCGUUGAUCAGGAAGCACGACGCCCUCACGCACGUAAAGACAGGCGGGGCGGGGAGGACAAAGGAGAACGUGAGGAAGGACAUUAAAGAUGCAUGGGGGCGGGGGUAGUGGUCUGUGGGGGGAGCUCGCCAAGGUGAGGCCGCACAGACACAGAACACAGACAGACACAGAUCAGUCCCCCACCCAAACCACACCACACCACACCGCACCCGAGUGCAUCCGUGUCGAAUGAUGGAUGGAUGUGUUGCUGGUCGUGUUCCGCGUCAGGUCAAGGAGACCAACGAAUCCCUCGUCGCCGACAACAGGACGGUGCGCGAGCAAGCAGAGCAGGUCGGCAGGCACAACAGACACUCACCGAUGGAUCGAUGGCUGGAUGGACGAGUGCCCGCUUACGAGGAUCUCUCUCUCUCUCUGUGUGUGUGUGUGUCUUUCUGUGUGUGUGUGUGUGGACCUGCAGUUGAAAGGAGAGCUAGUGGAGGUGCAUACUACGCUCGAGGAGAGCGAGAAGGUCAGUGGGUGUUGGGCGGCAAGGAAAACGACCACCAGCACACACAUACACACACACCUCCUAUACAUAGACAUAGACACCCGCACAUGAAAUCAAGCUGGUCAACUCAUUCUCCAAGAAAGACAGUGUCUGAGGUGUGUGUGCGUGGGGUGUCUCUUGUAUUGUAUGUGUGCAGCGCGUCAGUGGGGAUCUGUCCAGUCUGGAGCAAGCCUUGGCCGCCGAACGCCGCCGACCUCUCAGGUACAUAUGUGGGCAAAGAAAGGACCACACCCUUUGCAGGCAGGCAGGCAGGCAGGCAGGGAGGGACAGGAGGGGGACAGGGAGGGGACACACAUAGAGAGAGAGAGAGAUAAAUGAAUGUGUGUGUGUGUGUGUGUGUGUGUGCAGUUGGACCUGUCGGUCAUUGCCUAUCGUGACGAGCUCGCCAAGGUGAGUGAGGCCGCACGCAAGACACACACACACACAAUUUCACACACACACACAGAGAGAGAGAGAGAUCAGUCCCCCACCCAAACCACACCCCACCACACCGCACCCGAGUGCAUCCGUGUGGACGGAUGGAUUGAUGGAUCGAUGGAUGGAUGGAUGUGUUGCUGGUCGUGUUCCGCGUCAGGUCAAGGAGACCAACGAAUCCCUCGUCGCCGACAACAGGACCGUGCGUGAAGAAGUAGAGCUGGUCGGCAGGCACACCACACACUGACCGAUGGAUGGAAGAGUGUGUGUGUGUGUGUGUGUUUCCACAGCUUUCCCAGCAGCUGGAGAUGCGACGCUCUUUCUACCAGCAGGUGGGCAUGAAGAACAUUGCAAGGCAGGCAGGCAGGAUAAUUGAUGGCCAUCUUGCCUUGAUUCCGUUUUGCAUCAGUUGGAACAAGAGCGACAGGCCAUGCGCGAGCGACAGGAGGCAAUCGAGGAGCAUCAGCCGCCGGUAAGGUCGUCAUGCACCCCUCCAGGCUGUCUGUGUGUAUCUUCGGUUUCUCUAUUCCAUCUCUGUCUGCCUGCCUAUCUGUCUCUUUCUGUCUGUCUGCCUGCCUGCCUGCCUCUGUGUGAGGGUGUGCGAGCAGGCCAGGCGGCAAUUCACAGGGUCAGCCAGCCUCCAUCUACACACCCACUCGUCUGUCCGUCAUCCGUGGCAGCAUCGUUGUCCGUCUGUUUGUGUGUUUGUUGCCUCUGCUGCAGGCGCACUACUGACUUUGCGGCUGAGCGGGCAUUCUACGACCAGCAGCGAGUGAUGUCAAAGCGGUGAGCAUCUAUCUAUCUGUGAUAGGCAUCCAUCCAUCAUCCCAUCUUUCCAUUCAAUGACGUGCGUGUCCCUUUUGCCUUUGCGUGCGUGCAUCUGUCUGUCUGUGUCUACGAUUGUUGUCGCCUUGUGUGUACUCGUGUGUCAACAACAGCAACGCGGUGCCAUGCCACGGCGGCCGCGGCGGCUUCCGCGAGACAAGGUUUCGCGGCAGCUAGAGAGAGAGGGGGG